GCUACUGGAGGCCGACUCCAAGUCGAUGCGCUCCAUGAACGGCUCGCGCCGGAACAGCGGCUCCUCCUUGGUCUCCAGCUCCUCGGCCUCCUCCAACCUCAGCCACCUCGAGGAGGACACGUGGAUCCUCUGGGGCCGCAUCGUCAACGAGUGGGACGAGUGGCGGAAGAAGAAGGAGAAGCUGCUGAAGGAGCUCAUCCGCAAAGGCAUCCCCCACCACUUCCGCGCCAUCGUCUGGCAGCUGCUCUGCAGUGCCACCGACAUGCCCGUCAAAAACCAGUACUCGGAGCUGCUCAAGAUGUCCUCUCCCUGCGAGAAGCUCAUCCGACGGGACAUCGCCCGCACCUACCCGGAGCACGAGUUCUUCAAGGGCCAGGACAGCCUGGGCCAGGAGGUGCUCUUCAACGUCAUGAAGGCCUAUUCGCUGGUGGACCGGGAGGUCGGGUACUGCCAGGGCAGCGCCUUCAUCGUGGGACUGCUGCUCAUGCAGAUGCCUGAGGAAGAGGCCUUCUGCGUGUUCGUGAGGCUGAUGCAGGAGUAUCGCCUGCGGGAGCUCUUCAAACCCAGCAUGGCCGAGCUGGGGCUCUGCAUCUACCAGUUCGAGUACAUGCUGCAGGAGCAGCUGCCGGAGCUGAACAUCCACUUCCGCUCGCAGAGCUUCCUCACCUCCAUGUACGCCUCGUCCUGGUUCCUCACCCUCUUCCUCACCACCUUCCCUCUUCCCGUGGCCACGCGCGUCUUCGACAUCUUCAUGUACGAGGGGCUGGAGAUCGUCUUCCGCGUGGGGAUGGCCCUGCUGCAGUUCAACCAGGCUGAGCUCGUCCAGCUCGACAUGGAGGGCAUGUCCCAG